GGCUCCUCCUCCUUGAACCAGCUAAAAUUGAAACCUGAAAGCAAAUUAAGAAAAUUCUCAAAGGCUCACUGAAAAUGUCAUUGAUUCCAAGAAUGUUCGGAGAUCGACGAAGCAGCGUCUUCGAUCCAUUCUCAAUUGACGUGUGGGAUCCUUUCAGGGAAUUGGGUUCCAAUUCACGGGAGACUUCUGCAUUCGCUAACACACGAGUCGACUGGAAGGAAACUCCUGAGGCUCAUGUGUUCAAGGCCGAUCUCCCUGGGCUUAAGAAGGAGGAAGUGAAAGUGGAGAUCGAAGACAAUAGGGUUCUUCAAAUCAGCGGAGAGAGGAACGUGGAGAAAGAAGAUAAGAAUGAUACAUGGCACCGUGUGGAACGCACCAGCGGCAAAUUCAUGAGAAGAUUCAGGCUCCCGGAGAAUGCGAAAAUGGAUCAAGUUAAGGCGGCGAUGGAGAAUGGAGUGCUUACUAUUACUGUUCCGAAAGAAGAGGUGAAGAAGCCAGAUGUCAAAUCCAUUGAGAUCACUGGUUAGAUAGACGCUUUAGCUAGCUGAAAUAUGUAAGUACGCUAUGAUAUGUGCAAGUAUAUAGGAAAUCGAAUAGAUGUCUUUUGCGAAGAUUUGAAGUUGCUCUGUUUUUGUAUCUUGUCUGUGGUCGAGUUUGUUAAAGGCGUGUUUGAUGUAAAUUCUUUGAAAUUCUCUGUGGAAAAGGCAGUAGUGUUGUUAUAGAAUCAAAGUGUUCUAUUAUCCUA